AUGGCGAGCAAGCGACCUGCCGACGACGACCCCAAUCUCGUCAGCAAGAUCCAGCGCGUCCACCUCCACGCCCCGCUGAGUCCCCAGCACCGCGCCCCCGCCACGGCCACGGCAAACACCACCACCACUGCUGCUUCUGCUGCUGCCACCGCGACCGCCAAUGCCCCUCCCUCGUCCGCCUCAUCCCACAGCAAUGUCGCAAACGACUUCUCCGGCUCCGUCAAGAAGAAGCUGGCCGACUCCAAGCGGACCGGCCAGGCCUGCGAUCGCUGCAAGGUCCGCAAGAUUCGCUGCGAUGGCCGCCCCGAGGGAUGCACGCCCUGCGAGCAGAACAGGACGCCCUGCCGCACCACCGACCGCAUCACUGGACGCGCCACUAUCCGCGGCCAUGCAGAGGCCAUGGAGUCGGAGAACUCGUACCUGCGCGCCCAAAUCGCAGACCUGCAGGCCCAGCUAAAGGAGAACGGCGUCGAGCCCCGCCUGCCGCCUGCCUACAGCGCUGCAUUGCAACAGCCCUCGAACCCAUGGCCCUCCUCCGCUGCCAGCGACGCAUUGCCCUGGUCCGAUGGCCGCCCCCGCCGGACGAGCUCCUCUCCGCUGCCUGGCUAUGCCCCUGCCACCACCGCGUCUGCCAAACUUGAGCCGCUCCCCCAGUUCAAGUAUGGCUCCAUUGGCGACAACUACCUUGGUGUCGCCUCUGUACAAUCGCCGCUGAGCCACAUCAAGGGUACCUCGCUCUCCAUCUAUGGCACCAACAUCGACAUUACAGACUUUACUGCAGCCGAGACCGAAUACGAGAAGGAAGCUACAUCCUACUCAACCCUCGUCAAGAUCGCCAUGGGCAACCACCCUGUCGAAACACCCCAGCUGCCGCCCUACAACGAACUCAACGAGUACGCCAUCUGGUACAUGCGUUCCAUCAACCCAUACACAAUGCUGGUCCACAAGCCCGCCUUUAUGCAACUGAUUUGGAGAAUGGGAAACGACCCCAGCUUUACCCCAACAGGACCCGAGACAGUAACGGUCCAUAUGAUGCUCGCCACCAUCAUGUACCAAAUAGCCGUUCGCAACAGCGACCAGGGUGGUAGCUCCUUGCUCGACAGUGCCCAUGCCCACUACAAGUAUGCCCUGACCUUCUUCAAGGAACUUGUCCUUGGCGAACAUGGUUGGCAAGACGUCCAAGCAUUGGCAAUGAUCUGUCAUCAUCUACGUACCUUUCCCAAGCCCGGCGCCGCAUGGAUCAUGACCUCGACCGUCUAUCUGUUCGCCAUACAGCUUGGCCUACACCGCUCCGUCAAGGUCUGGGAAGACGGCACGGGUGAGCUGACCAAACUGGAUAUUGAAAUGAGGAAGCGCGUCUUCUGGACGCUCCACGCCAUACAGAUCAAUCUCAGUGGAAAACUAGGGCGUCCAAUGCCUGUUAGCAACGAAGAUAUUGAUGUCGAGUUUCCAGAACCCAUGAACGACUGUUUGCCUGGCGAGGAGGCGAAUCUGGACACGUUCCACCAGUGUUCAUUCCAGGUGGGUAUUCAGAUUGCAAAAUACACGGUCUGGGAUCUCGAGCUGUACAAGACGAUCUAUGCUAUCCGGUAUUCGCAAAAGGCAUACUUUGAGAGCUUGAAACGCCUCGCGGCUGGUAUCAGACAGUGGAAGGACGAGAUGCCUUAUGAGUUGCGCGAUCCGUCGCAGGCCGCCGAUGAUGAUUACAUCUUCGCGCUCUAUCUGCAAUACUGGUAUCAUUCGUACAUGUUGCUCUUGCAUCAUCCCGGCGUGUGCAGAUCAACCGAUUCAGCCAUUCUCAACUCAAACCUCGACCAGUGUUUGCAUGCAGCGCAGAAAAUACUGCACCAUUGCACCGAACUGAUGAACAAAAAGAGUCUGGAUAUUCCCUGGGUCAACACAGUCAUCUAUAUUGCUGCUGCAUUUACCACCCUCUUCAUUUCAACAACUCGCCAAGAUCAGAUGACCCCGUCGGACAUGACCAAGCUCAAAGACGAUAUGGCAUCCUGGGUGGAUCUCCUUGGCGAAUGCGAUAAGUUCCUAGGCUCAGGAAAUCGAUUGAAGCUAGCCAUUUCGAGAAUUGUGGAUCAAUCGCUCAGCAAGAUCAAUGACAGCAUCGUCAAGCGAACGGCAACCGAGUCCCUUGCCCGCGUUGCCAUGCAGGCUCCCGUCCGUUCAGAGUCUAAUUCUUCUGUAUACGACCAAAGCGCAUACCAGGAUCAAUACGCCACAACAACCAGCGGGUCUACUGAUCCUACUCUCUCGUCGCAUGCUGCAACAUACACGACUCUGCCCAUCAACACUGCACACUCGUACAACCUCAGCACUCAAGUCAGCGUCCCUUCGCAACCAAACCGAGGUUACGAUCAGCAAACUUACAAUAGUGGGGACGAAGCGAGCAUGAACCCAAAUCACGCUGCAGCACUUGCCGCAGCCGCUGCAGCCGCAUCGUCAACCAGCGCCAUCUCGCAAGCACCUGCAGACGCUUAUGCUUACUCACACGCUCAUAUGGCCAAUGCAGCCCAUCAACAUCCUACCUACACAACCAACGGCUACGUCGCCCAGGAGUGGACCCAAUGGACAAGAGCGUACAUGCAACAUGCCCACGAUCAAAACCAGCAGCAACAGCCAGGUGAAUACCUCAAUACUGCAACCACACUCAUGACACUUGGCCGCGAUGCAUCUUCCUCCCAUGGCACCAGCAGCGAUGGCCAGGGCCUAGUCCAAACAUCUGGUGUCCAAAACCAUCAUCACCAUCAUCAUAAUCACCAGCAGCAGCAGCAGCAACAACACCAUUCCCAUAAUCAGCAUACAUCAUCGCAUCAUCCUGCCCCAGUCCACUGGCCGCAAAUUGCCUUUCCUAACGUGACGAGUGGGUCGCAUUGA